AUAUAUAUAUCUGAGUUCCAAAAACCUACAGGUUCAAAACUGACGAGACUCAUUCCAGAGGAGCUCCAAACUCCAAAGCCCCCAGUUGAGUUAGAUGUUAUGUUAUAACAGUAAUUUUGGCUUGAAUUUAGGAAAAGUAUUUAAAGAGAGGAUGAAGUUCAGUAAAGAUGGAAAUACAUUCACAGAUUUCGAACUUCCCGGAUCAAUAAGUCAUAAACCAGAACAUUGCUUUAGGCUGCCUUCAUGAAUUGACACACACAAUCCAUCAUAUAUUUACUAAACUGCUUCUUCUGAGAAGGAUGAAAGUGAGCCCUUCCCAGUGGUCAGUAGUUGUAAGGUGGGGUACACUCUGAACAGUUUAUUGGUGCAUUACAGUCCCAAAAUAAAAAUGUUUUUUAGGAAAUUAUUUGUGAACCUCCAUUUGUUUUUAUGACCAAUAAGUGAAAAGAUAUACAAUCAAAAUAGUCAAUCAAAUAUAGUGUCACCAAAAUCACUUCACACAUACACAGUCUCCUGUUGAUUAUACUACAACACAGUUUGAGAGAAAAAAGUUUUUUGUAUAAUUUUGGGGAUUUGAAUUUUGUUACAUAUAUUUUGUUUUCAUGUGGUUAACUUUAGGUCUGGAGAAUUUAGGGAUCCAAAGGUAGUAGUACACUUAUAAACUGCAUGUCAGGGAAAAUCUAGUCCAGCCACAAGAGAUUUCAAACAGGCAUAAGUGAAGCUGAAGUUUGUCAAAACAAGCAUGAAGUGAAGCAACAAAAAAAAGAAACAAACCAGAUUUGUGCAACUGAAAUGAACAUCUGUCCAUAGUUUUCUUUUUUUUUUUUUUACUUUUUGACUCUUGAUAGAUGUGUGGUAUUUUACUGCAUCAAAACAUAUCGUGUUUGUUGCUGUAGUUUAUUGAAUUGAGUCCCAAUUCAUGCCCCAAGGCCGCUGCUUUGAGUGAUUGAAAAACGAAGACGUUUUUCAAAUUAUAGUAAGUGUUGUGACCAACAGGAGACCAGUUAUGUGUGAAGCGAUUGUGGUGACUCUACACUGUAUUUAGAGUGAAGUUAUUGAAUAUUUUUUGUAGUAUCUCUUUUCGGUCUGUCCCUGUGUCUCACAGCCGGCUGAACAUAGAGACCAGUGUUAUUGUCCAGGAGGACGGCUCGUUUUGGUGAAACUUAGGUUGUAGUUCGUCGUUGUCUACCUUAAUAAGAUUGGAAAGAGGCGUCGCCGUCGUUUGUUUUAACAAUGUUUCGCUUAUGAGUUAUUGAUCCGGGAAGUUCAAAUCUGCGAAUAUAUUUUCAACUUCGCCUUACUAGAGGAUGAGAGGCGAUCAUAUAAAUUGUACUGGGCCUUUAAAUUGGUUUUGCAUCCGGAGCAGCUCCUUUAUAUCCCCAGUCAGACACAAGCAAGUGUCCUUCCGAUGACAACCCGCCUUUAACGGGUGUGUUUACAAGGGGUUAACAGGUGCACUGCUGCUGGCCUUAGGUUCACUAUGGCCCAGAACCAGGUAAUCCUGCAGUUCCGCUUCGCCACAUUUGGGGACUCCAUGCUGCAGAAGAUGAACCUCCUACGACACCAGAGGCGCUUCUGUGAUGUUACUGUGCGCAUCAACCAGCUGGAGGUCCCUGGUCACAAGGUAGUGUUUGCUGCCGGCUCCUCUUUCUUGAGGGACCAGUUCAUCCUUCAGCAGGACUCCAGGGAGGUCCAGAUCUCCAUGAUCCAGGAGGCGGAGGUGGGCCGGCAGCUGCUGUUGUCCUGCUACACUGGUCAGCUGGAGUUUCCUGAGCUGGAGCUGGUGCAUUACCUGACAGUGGCCAGCUUCCUCCAGAUGGGUCAUAUUGUGGAGCAGUGCACUCAAGCUCUCAGUAAGUUCAUCAAACCUCAGCCUGCACGUCAGCUGGAGGUGGAUGUAGAUAUGAGGAGGGAGAAGAGGGAGGAGGGUUUAUCCUCCCAGGCUCAGAGAGAGCAAGAGCGCUCUCAGAUUCGGACUGUCCUUGAGGAGGAGGGGGAGGAGGAGGAGGUGGAGGAUCAGGUUGGGGAUGACAACAAUGACGAUGAUGAUGAUGACGACGACGACGAUGAUGUGAUCAUACAGCCUAAGUCCCCUCUCCAGAUCUUAGGCAGACGUCCAAGGCCAGGUAUGGUGGAGAGUGACAUUACUAUAGUAAAAGUGGAGUCUGUGUCUGACGUAGCAGAAAACUCUAUCACUGGUCACUUCCCCACCAGCCCACCUGCUGCCCUCCACUCUCCUGAGCCCCAGCACUCCCUCAUCAACUCCACUGUGGACAGUCGUGGCAGUGAGAUGGCGGUUCCACCGGGCGUGGCCGGAUACCCGCUCAGUCCCCCUCCUCCAUCUCCUCCAGCAGAGAAACACAGUGGGCACCAGAGGAACUACGACAAACCUCUGCAGUGGUACCACCAGUGCCCGAAGUGCGCCCGGGUCUUCCGCCAGCUGGAGAACUACGCCAACCACCUCAAGAUGCACAAGCUGUUCAUGUGCCUCCUGUGCGGCAAGACCUUCACACAGAAGGGCAACCUGCACCGACACAUGCGCGUCCACGCCGGCAUCAAGCCCUUCCAGUGUAAAAUCUGCGGUAAGACCUUCACCCAAAAGUGUUCUUUGCUGGAUCACCUAAACCUGCACAGUGGGGACAAGCCACACCGCUGCAACUACUGUGACAUGGUUUUUGCUCACAAACCAGUUCUCCGCAAGCACCUCAAACAGAUCCACGGGAAGAACAGCUUUGACAACGCAAACGAAGGCAACCUGCACGACGGGGGGCUUGACUCGUUUUUAUAAGCUUUGUUGGAGGCCAUCAGUCAUUGAAAUGGGCAUGAUGCAGACUUUCCCUCAGAUGGGAGAUUACUCCAAUGAGUAGGGCUGUCACGAUUAUGAAAUAUUAGUUGACUAUUGUUGUACAAAUAACUGAUUAACGAUUUUAUUGUCUCUGUUCAUUUUAUGCCAUUAUAGUAUAUGCCUAAGAGUAUCAUAAUACACAUACAACUUAAGAGGAAAAGCCUUUUGUCAUUGAACAUUGGAACGUGUACAUUGGGGGGGGGCGCAUCUAUUUUUUUAUAGAUGCAGUGGGGCAAAAAAGUAUUUAGUCAGCCACCAAUUGUGCAAGUUCUCCCACUUAAGAUGAGGGAGGCCUGUAAUUUUCAUCAUAGGUACACUUCAACUAUGAGAGUCAGAAUGGGGGGAAAGAAUCCAGGAAAUCACAUUGUCUGAUUUUUAAAGAAUUUAUUUGCAAGUCAUGGUGGAAAAUGAUUAUUUGGUCAAUAAUCAAAGUUCAUCUCAAUACUUUGUUAUAUACCCUCUGUUGGCAAUGACAGAGCUCAAAUGUUUUCUGUAAGUCUUCACAAGGUUUUCACACACUGCUGCUGGUAUUUUGGCCCAUUCCUCCAUGCAGAUCUGCUCUAGAGCAGUGAUGUUUUGGGGCUGUCGCUGGGCAACACAGACUUUCAACUCCCUCCAAAGAUUUUCUAUGGGGUUGAGAUCUGGAGACUGGCUAGGCCAGUCCAGGACCUUGAAAUGCUUCUUACGAAGCCACAAGCCUUCGUUGCCCGGGCGGUGUGUUUGGGAUCAUUGUCAUGCUGAAAGACCCAGCCACGUUUCAUCUUCAAUGCCCUUGCUGAUGGAAGGAGGUUUUCACUCAAUCUCACAAUACAUGGCCCCAUUCAUUCUUUUCUUUACACAGAUCAGUCGCCCUGGUCCCUUUGCAGAAAAACAGCCACAAAGCAUGACGUUUCCACCCCCGUGCUUCACAGUAGGUAUGGUGUUCUUUGGAUGCAACUCAGCAUUCUUUCUCCUCCAAACACGACAAGUUGAGUUUUUUACCAAAAAGUUCUAUUUUGGUUUCUUCUGACCAUCUGACAUUCUCCCAAUCCUCUUCUUCAUCCAAAUGCUCUCUAGCAAACUUCAGACAGGCCUGGACAUGUACUAGCUUAAGCAGGGGGACACGUCUGGCACUGCAAGAUUUGAGUCCCUGGUGGCGUAGUGUGUUACUGAUGGUAGCCUUUGUUACUUUGGUCCCAGCUCUCUGCAGGUCAUUCACUAGGUCCCCCCGUGUGGUUCUGGGAUUUUUGCUCACCGUUCUUGUGAUCAUUUUGACCCCACGGGGUGAGCCCCAGAUCAAGGGAGAUUAUCAGUGGUCUUGUAUGUCUUCCAUUUUCUAAUACUUGCUCCCACAGUUGAUUUCUUCACACCAAGCUGCUUACCUAUUGCAUAUUCAGUCUUCCCAGCCUGGUGCAGGUCUACCAUUUUGUUUCUGGUGUCCUUUGACAGCUCUUUGGUCUUGGCCAUAGUGGAGUUUAGAGUGUGACAGUUGUGGACAGGUGUCUUUUAUACUGAUAACGAGUUCAAACAGGUACCAUUAAUGCAGAUAAUGAGUGGAGGACAGAGGAGCCUCUUAAAGAAGAAGUUACAGGUCUGUGAGAGCCAGAAAUCUUGCUUGUUUGUAGGUGACCAAAUACUUAUUUUACCAAGGAAUUUACCAAUUAAUUCAUUAAAAAUCCUACAAUGUGAUUUCCUGGAUUAUUUCCCCCCAUUCUAACUCUCAUAGUUGAAGUGUACCGAUGAUGAAAAUUACAGGCCUCUCUCAUCUUUUUAAGUGGGAGAACUUGCACAAUUGGUGGCUGACUAAAUACAUUUUUGCCCCACUGUGUGUGUGUAUGUGGGUUUGAAAGAACACUUUACCCUAUUUCUAGUAGGUUAUUCAUUAUUUCACCAUUUUAAUUCACCACCUUAUGUUAGUGUUUACUCACAAAUGACUUUAAUCUGCUCCCCUUGCUUUUCCCUUCAGUUCUCAUUUCCCCACACACACUCGCAGACACACACCUACUACACCUCUGUCUCACCGGAUUGCCCCGCUCCACCUCUUUCUCCGUUGACUCUCUCUGUCAGCAGUAUGUUUUAUAAUGUCGCCCAAAAAACUUUGGGCGACCUGUGGAGGAGGCUUGUUGUUAAUGACGUUGCCUUUUGACACAAUCAAAACCAACGUGUUACCAAUGACACCGGCACCAACAGGUGCACUUACAAGCUUUUACUAAGCAGCAUAAGUAGGCCAACAUUAAACAGGAGACUCUCUCUGUGUGUGUUUCUCUGCAGAGCAUGUGUGAUUGUCAGUAGACAGCACGGGAGGGGUGAAAGCGAGGGGAGAUUAAACAUUAGUUAAUCGAUCGCGGAUGGCGUCGUCUUUUUAUACAGGUGAAUGGAAACGAUUCUAAUGAUGUAAAAUGAUCGCGGUCGGCUCAAAUAAUCGCAAUCAGGCGAUUAUGUAAUAAUUGUGACAGCCCUACCUACGAGUCAUCCUAAAUUUAGCAGUUCAAGAAACUGACAGUUUAUAGGAAGAUGGAGCAUAGAGCCUGUUAUUCUUUGUGUGAGAAGCCAACGAUUGCAUUAUUAAAGAUGGGCAGAUGAGUGAACAUGAUGGCUGGUUUCCCAAAAUGUCAGCCUCAUUCUGAUGGAUUUAACUGGUCUACAUUUCACUGUAGCUUCAUUACUGUGGACUUUUUUGUAGAUGCUUUCAUAUCGUACUUGAAAAUUCAGCACUGAAAUCACAACAUAAUGACUGUACUUCAUUAGUUUUAUUGAUGAUGAUUAACACGUCUUUGUGUCUACAUUGUCCAAUGAAAAAUAUCCAUGUAUAUUGUGUAUACAGUCUACUGUAGCCUUUCUUUCUUACCUGUGUGAAUAUCACAACAUGAACUUCAUAACUAAAAGAAACUUGAAAGCGGGAGGGUUGAAAAAUAUUUUAUUGAAGGCAAGCUACACCAGUGAGAAAUGGGAUGCCAAAGUGUCUAUGUGAACUGAAAUGGUUCUUUUAUACAGACUUUAUAUCUGAGGUACUAUUGGACCAAAGUGACAUUGUAUCUGUCCUGUGUUCAUGGAAGUCAGUGUGUGCUAGGAAAUUAAAAAUUGACUCUUAAUCAA